GUGUUCAUGAACCUGACAGAAUUUAAUAAGUCUGAUCGCUGUGAGCAUUUCUCCUGUCCAGAGAGAUCUGUAUCUCCUGCAGUUUAUAUCUUACUGUACGUGUGUUCAACUGCUGUGGUUCUUCUAACAGCGUGUGGAAAUCUGCUUGUCAUCAUCUCUGUUUUUCACUUCAAGCAGCUUCACACACCGACUAACAUGCUUGUGCUCUCUCUGGCUGUGUCAGAUUUCCUUUCUGGUAUUUUUGUAUUACCACUAAUGUUAAUCUGGACUAUUGAGUCAUGCUGGAUUUUUGGAAGUGAUUUCUGCACCAUCUACUGGCUGAUUAAUAGUCUGAUCACAAUAUCAGUCUAUACCAUUGCUCAGAUUGCUGUGGAUCGGUAUUUGGCUUUCUCUAACCCCUUUCUCUAUGUGAACAUUGUCUCUGUGAAAAUUAAUUGUGUUGUAAUUGUAAUGAACUGGUCUGUAGUUGUGACAUAUAUGUUAGCACUACAAUAUUUCAGUGAAAAUUUAAAAAGUUCUGUAAUGUGUCCCGGAGAGUGUUUUUUCUCUCUGAAUAAGGUUUGGACUGUAAUUGAUCUUGUAUUUUCCUUUAUAUUUCCACUUUCUGUCAUAAUCAUAUUCUAUACUCAAGUUUUUGUGAUUGCUAAGAAACAUGCCACUGCUAUCAGAGAGCUUAAUAAUCACACACGACCAAAUGCACAGAAAAUCACCACACACUCAAUGAAAUCUGAGAGGAAAGCAGCUAAAGUCCUCUCCAUUUUAGUUUCUGUGUUUCUGGUGAGUUUACUUCCAUAUUUUAUUUACAGUUUACUAGGCAAUGUUAUUGAAUUACAGUUAGAAACAGUUCAAAAAGCUUUAAUUAUAUUUUAUCUUAAUUCCACCAUUAAUCCAUUUAUUUAUGCUUUGUUUUACCCAUGGUUUAGAAAGUCUAUUAAAAUAAUUGUAACUCUGCAAAUAUUUCAAAGAGACUCCUCAUUAAUCAAUGUCCUUCUAUGA